GGGAUCCCCCACUUUGCAGAGGCGGAAGCCAUUCAGGCCUCCCUCUGUGCACUUUGCAAAAGCCUCUGCCCUUCCAUCUCAAAGUCCUUGACCCCGAUCACACUUCCUCCGCCUGGAAGCCUGGAUCCGUCUCUCGCCAGGCGUCCUCUGGCCUGUAGAAGGCCGUUUCGGUUCUUGGUGCGCGGUAGCCGCCUCUCUUACGGGAUUCCAAGGCCUGAUCCGGUGUGGGUGUCUGGCUGUGGAUUCGCCGCCAUCCCGCUGGACGCCUGGAGGCUCGAACCUCGCCGUCCCCAGGCACCAGAUGUUCACCCUUUCUCAAAAGAACUUCAGGGCUCCCACCACGUGUCUGGGCCCCACCUGCACGCAGGACAUGGAUAGUAGCCAUGGGGAUGAUCUGGAAGGAGAAUGCUCUAGAAAACUGGACCAGAAGCUCCCUGGAGUGGGCGAUCCUGCCAUGCUCUCCUCUGAUACCUCCUACCUGUCCUCUAGAGGAAGAAUGAUUAAAUGGUUCUGGGAUUUGGCUGAGGAGGGCUACAGGACCUACCACAUGGAUGAGUAUGAUGAGGACAAGAACCCCAGUGGCAUCAUUAACUUCGGCACCAGUGAGAACAAACUUUGCUUUGACCUGCUGUCCAGGCGGCUGAGUCAGAGCGACAUGCAGUGGGUGGAGCCGUCUCUGCUGCAGUACCCUGACUGGAGGGGACAUCUGUUCCUCCGGGAGGAAGUAGCCAAGUUCCUGACUUUCUACUGCAAGAGCCCAGUACCCCUCAGACCAGAGAAUGUGGUUGUUCUGAAUGGUGGUGCCUCGCUGUUCUCUGCGCUGGCCACGGUGCUGUGCGAGGUCGGGGAGGCUUUCCUGAUCCCCACCCCUUACUAUGGAGCCAUCACACAGCACGUCUGUCUCUAUGGCAAUGUCCGACUGGCCUAUGUCUACCUGGACAGUGAGGUCACUGGGCUAGACACACGCCCCUUCCAGCUCACAGUGGAGAAGCUGGAGAUGGCCCUGCGAGAAGCUUACGCUGAGGGUGUGAAGGUCAAAGGCCUCAUCCUCAUCAACCCCCAGAACCCUCUGGGUGACGUCUACUCCCCGGAAGAGCUGCAGGAGUACCUGGUGUUUGCCAAGAGGCACAAGCUGCAUGUGAUUGUGGACGAGGUCUACAUGCUGUCCGUGUUUGAGGAGUCGGUUGGGUACCGCAGUGUCCUAAGCCUGGAAAGGCUGCCUGACCCCCAGAGGACCCAUGUGAUGUGGGCGACCAGCAAGGACUUCGGGAUGUCUGGGCUCCGCUUUGCCACGUUGUACACAGAAAACCAGGACGUGGCCACUGCUGUGGCUUCCCUCUGCCGCUACCAUGGCCUCAGUGGCCUGGUCCAGUACCAGAUGGCACAGCUGCUCCGGGAUCGUGACUGGAUCAACCGGGUGUACCUGCCAGAAAACUAUGCCCGGCUCAAGGCUGCCCACACCUAUGUCUCGGAAGAGCUCAGGGCUUUGGGGAUCCCCUUCCUGAAUCGUGGGGCCGGCUUCUUCAUCUGGGUGGACUUGAGGAAGUACCUGCCCAAGGGCACCUUUGAGGAGGAAAUGCUGCUCUGGCGCCGCUUUUUGGACAACAAGGUGCUGCUGUCCUUUGGCAAAGCCUUUGAGUGUAAAGAGCCUGGUUGGUUCCGCUUCGUCUUCUCGGACCAGGCGCACCGGCUUCGCCUGGGGAUGCAGAGGGUCCGGCAGGUGCUUGCAGGCAAAUCCCAAGUGGCAGAAGACCCCUCUUCCUCUCAGACCCAGGAGCCAAGUGACCAACACAGGUGAGCUGGUCAUUGCCUCGUGGCCAGAGAGCCCAGCAGCCACUGUGGAUCUGGGGCCUCCGGGGACUGCAGAAGACCAACUGUGGAGGUGCCAUUUGCCAGGAAGGUGUCUAACUUGGCUUUGUGCCUAAAGAACUGUUUCUUGCCUUUCACUGUGGCCAUGCAAAAAUUCUUAAGCUAUGCUUCAGCCCGGGCCCUCCCUCUCUCCUGUUAAACAAAACUAGGAGAGUCUGGAGGUCUCCAUUGUGAGUUAUUUAGAACGGAGGAGUCGUGACUGCUUCGAAGCAGAGCCUCAGCCCCCCUGAGGAUGUAAAGAGAAAACAAACAACCUGUACUUUCUUUCUGAUAGCACCAUCAUUCCUCUUUCUUUGUUGCCAAGGAAACAAGUCAAAGGAACAGCACACACAGGGUUUGCAGAAAAAUAAAACAAGUGAUCACUUCCAAACUCUGAGGAGAAUGGAAUGAA